AUGUAUAUGGAAGAAGAAGACUUGGAGUGCUCCAUCUGCAUGGAGAACGAGCCCAACGUGGAGGUCCAACCUUGCAAGCAUAGGAUGUGCCUCUGCUGCCUGGGGAAGGAGAUUAUCCGACAGAGCAAGGGGAAGGAGCCUGCAGCCAAGUGCGACACCGGUAUGCUGACUGAGACGAGAUGCUUCCAAUGCAGUGAGAUCAUCUCGACCCUACAAGUCAGCCUCUACAUGAGCGAGACUGGCUCUCUCCUCCAGGACUCUUCUCGCGCCUUCUCUUACCGGGCCUCGUUCUCUGUCCCGAUCGAAUCCUUCUCCCUGAUCUCCCGCAAGGAUCUCAACGAUGACCAGAAACACGCACAGGACAAUGUCCCUCCGCUCCCUCCUCUCGCUUCUACCGUUCCUCCAGUCCCUCAAAUUCCUCACCAGCAUCUUGGCAGUCAAGAACCUGCCGCUGCUGUGCUUGUCGACAGCCUCCCUGCCGCUGCCAUACUUGUCGACGUCCCUGCCGACAGGCACCAGCCCGCCGAUCCUCCUCUCAACUUUCCGUCCUUGGCAAGAUGCAUCAAGUUUGACGAAGAUGACGGGGCGAUUCACGUCAUAGGAAACCCGUUCCUUGCGGACGACUUUGCGGUCUCUCCCUCCUCCUACGUGGAGUUUGUGACCAAGGGCAUCAUCGAUACGGUCAUAGCUCGGAAUUGCCCUACUCCUGUUCCUGUGGUGAUCGCGCUAGAGCAAACGGAGAUGGUCGACUCUCAGCUUCUCGCGCUCUGUCAGUGUCUCUCCAACAUGCUGGAGAUGCAGAUCGGAUAUGUGCAUGCUGUUCGUCUCUUCAGCAACAAGAUAGGAGAUGAAGGAGCAGAGGCUAUAGCUCAUUUGAUCUACCUCCAACACAAGACGUACAAGAAGUUCUUUCCUCUCCGAGAAGUUCACCUCUCACACAAUCAAAUCUCCAACGAUGGUGCCCUGCGCCUCCUGGAGACCUGCAGAAAGAUUUACCCGUACAUCGACGAGCGGGAGAAUCGCGUCCCCCUCUACCUGAGGUUACAUGACAACAUCAUCGACGGCUGGAACAGCAGCCGCUUUCUCUCGCUCAGAGACUCGUGCUGCUCGAUGCUCAGUGAGGUCAGCGGGCGAAGGAAGUGUACCAAGUCUUUCUGCGAGUCCUCCCGCGUCCCUCCCCUCCACCUCCCAUACUUCCAUCGCCAGCAGCAGCAGCAGCAGCAGCAGCAGCAGCAGCAUGUCAGGGAGAACAGCAUGCCACGGGGAGCAGAAGUGGCUGCGGCGAGCAACCAAGUCAGGCAGGAGCCGCGAAAGGAGGAAGGAUGGCAGGUGAUUCAAGGACGAGGAACAAAAGAGGAGAGGAUGAGGAUGCUGGUGGAAGAGAGCAUCUCGAUAGAGCACAACGACAUCUCUCUUGCUCUCAGUGAAAAGCUUCUCUCGGACGACGACUUUGUCCGCAUUGCUCCGAUCGCGUUGGAUGUGGUUCGGAGGACGGUGAGAGACUUGAAAGUGUCGAAGAGGAUUGGAAUCAACCUUAAAAUGGAAGGAAACAGGCGAGUGGAGGAGGGGAGGAUUGUGUUGCUGACUGGCGGGCUGAAGGAGGAGAAGGCCUUUGUCAAGGUCAUUCGAGCGUACAAGAACGCGUGCAAGGAUGGAGCCGCUCAAGCCAUCUCGGACUUGGUCGUGGCGCACCGAGACCUGAGGCGAGGGGAGCAAGUGCAAGAAAUUCACUUGCAGAAAGAGGAAGUGAAACAGCUCUACCCGCAGCCCAUCGGGAGAUACAUGAUGCCCUUGUAUGCUGCUGCUGCUGCUGCUGCUGCUGCUGCUGCUGCUGCUGCUGCUGCUGCUGCUGCUGCUGCUGCUGCUGCUGCUGCUGCUGCUGCUGCUGCUGCUGCUGCUGCUGCUGCUGCUGCUGCUGCUGCUGCUGCUGCUGCUGCUGCUGCUGCUGCUGCUGCUGCUGCUGCUGCUGCUGCUGCUGCUGCUGCUGCUGCUGCUGCUGCUGCUGCUGCUGCUGCUGCUGCUGCUGCUGCUGCUGCUGCUGCUGCUGCUGCUGCUCGUUCUAGUCCUCACUCGCUCAACCAGGUGGCUGCGUCUAGAGAACAAUCCGAUUCGAAGAGUCGAGCGAGACGGGUGCUGCCCGGCGAUCAGUCCAUGCAAGAAGAUGAACUGCGAGAGAAACAGCCCGAUCCAUCUGGUCUGGUUCGAGCCGAACGUGUGAACUUGACGGAGGAGAGCUGGAAGGGAGGAGGGGAGGAGGAGAGGCUGCAGCCCAUCACAGGAUUGUCCCUCCUGGCGUCACAACCACCCGAGGCGAGGAUGCGACCUCUCGAUCAGAUCGAACGCGAUCAGCCAUGGCCUGACCAAGCGAUGCGUCAAGCUUGGAGACAAACACAGGGAGGAGGAGGACGAGGAGCAGGAGAGGAGGAGCGCGUACAGACCUUGAGGGGGGAGAGCGACGUUCUCAUGACGAGAUUCAGCAUGUCAGCCACAGCGUGGGCAGGGAUGCGUUGGGAGGAGAAGAAGGAAGCUCCAUGA